ACGAUACUGCUGCUGCUGUCUCUGGCUGCUCCCUUACGCGUUACUGUGGACCAGGAGGAGGCAGGGAGAAGAAGGUUGCAGGGUGGUGGGGGGCUUGGAAGAAGAGGAGAAGGAAGUACCGAGGGACAGACUACCGGGUGGACAAUUUGACGCUACUUUGGCAUCAUUUGUUCUGUCAUGGCCAGGACAUAGGAAUCCACAGCAGACAUCAGCUUUGCUGCAAGCUAUCCAAGUUUAAGGAAACUGAAGGCUGGGCUUGGUCAAAGGAACAGAAAGGGAUGGCGCUGGAGGAGAAGCCCGGUGUGAAGAGCAGCAGCUCUAUUGUUCCCUGCUUCUUGUUUGUAGAGCUGGUGAUCAUGGCUGGGACAGUGCUGCUGGCUUACUACUUUGAAUACACGGACACCUUCCCCGUGCACAUCCAGGGCUUCUUCUGCUAUGACAAGAGCUUCUCCAAACCCUACCCUGGUCCGGAGGAGAGCAGCAAAAUCCCUCCGGUGCUCAUCUACUCGCUCAUCACAGCCAUCCCUACCCUCACGAUCCUUUUUGGAGAGCUUUGUGCAUUCUUCACCAAGGCGGAGGGAACGCAGGAGAAGACCAUAGUCACUGCAGACUGCUGCUACUUCAACCCUUUGGUCAGACGAAUUGUACGCUUCUUAGGUGUGUAUGCCUUCGGCUUAUUCACCACUGCCAUUUUUGCCAAUGCCGGCCAGGUGGUGACAGGAAACCAGACACCUCAUUUCCUGUCUGCCUGCCGACCAAACUACACAGCGUUAGGCUGCCAAUCAACCAUGCAGUACAUCACAGAGCGCCGCGCCUGCACAGGCAACCCGCUGAUUGUCAUGUCUGCGCGUAAAUCCUUCCCAUCUAAGGAUGCAGCGCUCAGCGUGUACUCUGCGGUGUACACUGUGAUGUAUGUGACGUUGGUGUUUAAAACCAAGGGCACCCGGCUCACCAAACCCACCAUCAGCCUCACUCUGCUGUGCCUAGCCAUGCUGGUGGGAGUGGUGAAGGUCGCCGAGUACCGCAACCACUGGGCCGAUGUGCUGGCCGGAUUCUUCACCGGUGGAUCCAUCUCUGUGUUCUUGGUGACCUGUGUCAUUAACAACUUCCAACAGUUUCAGCCAAGCCCUCCUCAGCUGCGACCUCAACGUCCUGAAUCUAUGUUGGGCAUGCCCAUGGUGACACUGCCCUGUGUGGAAAGUCCACUUGAAAAACUCAGCGGGAAUCUCCGUUCACAGAGAUCACAUGACCAUCAGCCCUAUCGGUUCCCCGCCACCCCCGAUGUCCUCGUACCGUCUCGCUCCAUUUCCAGCGAAGUCUAGACCAGCCGGAGCAGCACUCGCCACACUGCGCGGCCCAUGGAGCGGGUCGGAACACGUUGCACCGCUCCUAUUCCACACAGGUGUAGGCCUUGUAGACAUCACCCUGUUGACAUCCUUAACUGCCGGGGAACCGAUAGGCAAAUGUUUUAGACUCUUAUUUUUUUUCUUAAAAUACUGUGAACAAUCAACUGAGAGUCACCUAGCUCUCUCCAAUAAUAAAAUUUUGUGUUAUUUUGUAUUAAGUCAAUCACAAAUAAUUUUUCCUGCAGCUGGAAAACAUCAAACUGUGACUUCAGAGAUUUUCCACAUUUUUUUGUACCAAUCAGUUCAUAUUUGUGAAAACGGGGCGGGAUGUGACUAUUAAAAGGUGGCGGUGAACUCCCAAGACUAUGCUUGGAGGUGUGCCGCCAGGAGGUUGCCUCGUUGGACCAAAGACGCUCGCUGCAGGAAAUGUUUCAAACUGAGAUUUACCUUUUGAAUAUACCUUUUUACCAAGCCAUGCAAUCAAAAACUCUCAUACACGUACUUUUUCUUGCUUCUUCUUUCUCAUCGAACACACCACUGACGUUUGGGAAGCCCGCUCUACGCUGCAUGGGGUCCGCCCUGAUCAAAGCACACAUUUAAUUUCUCAGCAGAAGCAACAGACAAAAGCAAACAGGACAAAAGUGCAGAGACUUCCAGCUGUCUCUCUUCUUUAGAGCUUUUUUUUCUCCACUCUGAGAUGAGUGAAGUUUUACCAAAUUCUAACGUUGAAUGCAAACAUGUGCAAAAUAAAGGCGAGGUCCUGACCGCAGCCAAAUAAAUGGUUUCACUUAAAGGAGCCAGGAUUUGAUGUUUGUUUAUUUAAGCAUACCCACUGGAUUUGGAACAUCAUUGUCCCAGGAAAAGGAGGUACUAUUUUCUUCAGACUGCCCCUGCCAUGUAACUAUUCUGACUGAUCUCAAAGACUUUAUCUUCACUGAUCUGUAUAUAUUACGUAGAGGCCAUGAGCGCCACAUGUGGUGAGACAGUUUUGCUGAAUUUGAUUUGCACACUUUCUUCACUCUAGCAUUUGCCCCUUGACCCACACUUCAUCUCCAUUUAGCUUUCCUGCUAGCUACUGUGUCAUCAUUGUGCUGUGAAAUGUUUCCCCCUGCUGGAGGAUUUAUACAUAAACACACAAAGACAAGAACACGUGUUUUUACAGAUCAAAUCUCUGUCAGCUGUCCUACAGUGCCUUGCAAAAACUUUCAUUCUCCUUUAACCUGUUCAUAUUUUUUUACAUUACAGCCUUAAACUCAAACAUAUUUUAUUAGUAUUGUUGGUGAUAGACGAACACAAAGUAGUACACGACCAAACAAGUGGAAGGAAAACAUUUUUUGGACAUUUUAUACAAAUAAUAAUGUGAAAACUGCAUUUGUAUCGAUCCCCCAUUAUUAUGCAAACUUACAAAGCCAUGUCAUCGAGCAAGCCAGGCAAGGAGAGCAUUAAUGAGAGAAACAGCCAAGAAGCCAAUAAUAACUCUAGAGGAGCUGCAGAGAUCUAUAGUUGGGAAAAAUUGUCGACUUGAGAGCUAUUAGUCAGCACAUCAGGCCUUUUUGAAAGAGUGGCGAGCAGAACUAAGUUAUGAAAUAAAGCCAUCAAAUCAAGUUUUGAAGUUUGCUACAAGCCUUGUAGGCGAAACAGCAAACAUGUAGAAGAAGGUGCCCUGGAUAGAUGAGACCAAAAUGUAGCUUUCUGGCUCUUAUGCAAAACUAUGUUAGUAAAAGAACUGAUGCUGCAUUUCUCUUUUUUAUUUAUUAUUUUAUUAUGUUUAGGAUAAUAAUAAUAAUACACUGAUAAAUUCCAAUUCAAAUCACAUUGAACACAUUAUCCCUUUUGUGAAUCCUUGUGGUGGUAGCAUCAUGUUGUGGUCAUCCAUAAAGCAUGUCAAAACGACACAGUCAAUGUCCAGACCAAAAUCAACUUUAGAAUUUAAAGAUUUUCUAGUGGUUAGAGUAUAUCCCGAAAAGGCUUGAGCCUUUAACUGCAGUGCAAUGGUUGGUUCUAGAAAGUAUUAACUCAGGGGGGCUAAAUACAAACGCACUAAGAUUUUUAUUUGGAAAAUGUUGAAAACCAAAUAGAAUUCCUUCCUUCCCAAUGAAAUACAUUACAAAUUGUGGUUGUAAUGUGACAAAAUGGGCAGGAGUUCAAGGGAUUUGAAUACUUUUGCAAGUCACUGUAUUUUAAAGCACACAAAUGUACAAAUAAACACAGCAACCUUAGGUGUUACCUUACCUUGUUCCUCUACAUCCAACAUCCAACUCUUCUUUGUAUGAUACUGUAAAUAGGGAAAUUUUUGUAUUUGGCAGCCUAAUUUUUACAAAUUUCACUUGAUGCUGAAUUUGGGUAAAAGCGUGUUGUUUCUGUUUUGACGGAGAACAUGGGGUCUGGUGUUUCUGAAUUACUCCUAUCAACAACAAAUAGGUGGAGAAAUACUCAACAGCUCAUACCUAGCGGUAUGCGUCUCAUUUGAGUUUCUGUGUGAUGUUAUACAAUCCUGGGAAAAGCCUAAGUACACCCUUGCAACUUCCAUAGGACCUAAAAGUGAACGUAGCAGCUAGUUGCUGCCAGUUAAAUGCACUUGAUUAACGGAUCAUCAACAGGUGUAUCCACCUAUAGUAGCAGAUCUGGCACUGUGCUUUUCGGAGGAAUCAUCAACAAGUAGAACACAUUAAAGUGGAAUAUCUUCCCCGGAGUGGAUGUUGAUGCAGUUUCAGUGUGUAUUCCCCUUCAACAUGUUGUUCUAAGCCUGUACUCUGAGAUUUAGAAAAGGCAGCCAAUGUGUCCAAAUUCAACAUGCUACAUCACCCAGAAGAAGAAAACAGAGCAAUUUGCCAUAUUUUGUUUGCCCUUCCCAUUUCCUGCUUUGAGUCCUACUCUCUCAUUAGACAGGUUUUUAAAUAGCUUCAUUCCCCAUUUGGGCAUUUUCUGGAUGUUAUUUUUAAACACCUCACUGAUUCUAAAAAUAGCUAACUUUAAAAUUGAUCCCUCAGUAACAACAUCCCCACUGAAAAGUGGUUGUUAGCCUGACUUGGUUAGUUUUACAUGGAUCAUUUAUUGUUUGAAAAAAUAGGAUUUAAAUGGAGGACCGAUCAUGCUAAAAAUCUGGACUUCUAUCUUAAGUAACAAGUAAUUUAUUUGACAUUUCGUUUUUAUUGAAAUUAUAUAAUAAAACAACUAUGCGUUUCUCUUGGUUGGAGCAGGGGUGGGGAAUCCAGGUUCGGAAAGUGAAAAUCCAGUCCAGAGAUUUGUUCUAACCAUUUGCAUUUCCAGCUCCACAGCAGAGACAGGGACUAGAAUCCACUGGUUAAGUGAACAGGAUGAAAAGAAAACAAAAAAAAAACAGGCAGGGUUUUUACUUUCCUAAAGCCGGAUUCCUCACCUCUGGCCCAGAGACCAGCAACUUACUUUAGAAGGAGAGAAUCAAACAAUACUCAGUAGAAAAGCAGCACCCGAGGCAUCCCUCCAUGCACAAGCAGCAUAUACAUACCCAACUGUCAAGAACAGCAAUGAAAGGUGCUGAUUUUGAUUUGUUUUGCAGCAGCAGGACAUGGAAACCUUGCAAUGAUCGAGUCGAACAUAAAAUCCUCUGUAUACCAAAGAAUACUCUGGUCAAGCAUAAGACUGAUGAACUCAUACUAAUACGAAGUCAGAGCUUUUGCUGAUAAGAGCCUUUCUGCAAGCAAGUAAAUCAUGGGGUGUACUUGGUUUUAUCCAUGAUGGUAUCAACAAUCAUGGAAACUUUCUUAUUUCAUGACUGUUAACUGCAAACCUUUUCAGUUAUAAAGUCCAAUUUUAGAUUCUUAUCAACUGUUUUCUUUAAGUUGUUAAUUAUGAAAACUGAUGAAAGAGAUGUUCAUAUUUCAUCGCUUUAACGUUUACAAGUGUCACGCAGUGAGCGAUGAACAUUUCAGUUAGAGGGUUCAGUGUGAAUGUAAAACUGUUCUUCAGUGAGCCACAGCCUGAGCAUUUGCUCUGUCUGGAAAGAAAUGCGCAUGAUUGUUGGAAACUCCUGCCAGAUGAGUGUAUCCAAAAUGCUCGUCCUAGCUUGAGUUCAUAAGAAACAAAAGAUUUCUAAUUCAGUUUUCUCGCUUUUCAGCUGUAUGUACAGUAAGUCUUUCAAUGGAUAACUCAACCUUAAGCAAGGCAAACUUUCCAGGCUCCAUCACUCUCCCAAUAUCGACUUGUUUGUCUGAGCUGAAAUGAAAAACUAAUCCUUUAAGUCCAGAUGUGAAGUUUGGUCAGAUGUACCACAUUUCCUCCAUUUUUUUUUUUUUUUUUUUUUUUUCCUGUGCCAUGCCCCACUGAAGCAGAAAUGCCUUAAAAUAAUCUCCACAGAGACACAGAAUGACUUUCUAGGUGGCUAUGUUGUGAUGUUCUGCUUCCUCGUGUAAGCUACUCCGCUGUGGAGCAUCCCGGCAGAUCUUUCAGAUGCACUCGCUCCCGCUCAGUGUUCACUAUGUGAGAACUGUGUUAGCACCGCUAAAGAGGUUCAAACGAAUCAACCCCAGAAGUCAAACGGCCCUAAUGAAGAUGCAGAUUUUUCUUUUGUUCAGCUGUCAGACGCGCAGCUCUGCUUCCCCGCAAAUUCUUCAGGAAACUUGUUAGAAAUCAAAGAACAAACACAGCGAGGCUGACUGAUAUGUGAACAAAAAGCACCUGUCUCCUUCAGAUCCGCAGCUCUGAGGGACAACCACGUUUCCUUUGAUCCUGUUGCUGCCAACCCUCUGUUUUGUAAUGAUUUCUGUGAAGAGAACAAUAAAUGGAUAUUGCAAUAAGAAAACGCC